GCGAGUUGGCCGGGGGCGCGGCUGCGGUUGCGCCAUCUGUCAGGCGGGGGAGCGAGCCGGAGCCGGGCUCCGCCGCUGUCGCUCGGGAGGGGAGGACGCGGCGAGUCGGAGCGACGACCCUGCGCGCCCGUCUCCUUCCCUCCCCCGGCUGCAGCCCGCGCGCCGCUGCCUCGGCUCCCGGGGUCUUCGCUGCCUGGGCGCGGAGCCGCCGGAGCUCGCCCCGCUCCUUGCUGCGCCCGUGUGGUCCCUGGAAGAGCCGGCGUUGGCGGGCGGGGAGGAGUCACCUGGGGAGGGCCCCCCGCCGCGAGGGGGAUGCUGUGAGCUUGGCUUCGCCGCGCCAGCCCCGCGCUGAGCUUCAGGAGGUAGCCGUGUUAGACUGCAUCCACAAAAACAACGAGGAGUCCGGUGGCACCUUAAAGACUCCCUGGGACUGGCUGGCUCACUACAAAAGUAACUUUCCCUCUCCUGGUAUUGACACCUCCUCAUCAAUUAUUGGGAGUGGUCCACAUCCACCCUGUUUGAAUUGGCACUGUCAACACUGGUUCUCCACUUGUAAGGACCUGUUUUAGAAGAAAUGUGGUGAAUAUCAACUUACUUUAGUUGGGGGGGACAUUCUGGAUUUUAGAUAAUGGGCUGUGUGCAAUGCAAGGAUAAAGAAGCAACAAAACUGACAGACGAGAGGGACGGCAGUUUAACUCAGAGUUCAGGAUAUCGCUAUGGCACAGAUCCCACUCCACAGCACUACCCUAGUUUUGGUGUGACUUCAAUUCCAAACUACAACAACUUCCAUGCAACAGGAGGCCAGGGACUGACUGUCUUUGGGGGUGUCAAUUCCUCUUCUCAUACUGGGACUUUGCGUACAAGAGGAGGAACAGGUGUAACUCUUUUUGUGGCGCUUUAUGACUAUGAAGCAAGAACAGAAGAUGACUUAAGUUUUCAGAAAGGAGAAAAAUUUCAGAUACUUAACAGCUCUGAAGGAGACUGGUGGGAGGCACGUUCCUUGACAACGGGAGAAACUGGUUACAUUCCCAGUAAUUAUGUGGCUCCAGUCGACUCCAUCCAAGCAGAGGAGUGGUACUUUGGCAAACUUGGCCGAAAAGAUGCUGAGAGACAGCUGUUGUCAUUUGGAAACCCACGAGGUACCUUCCUUAUCCGUGAAAGUGAAACCACCAAAGGUGCCUAUUCCCUGUCUAUUCGUGAUUGGGAUGAUAUGAAAGGAGACCAUGUCAAACAUUAUAAGAUUCGUAAACUUGACAGUGGCGGAUAUUAUAUCACAACUAGGGCACAGUUUGAAACUCUUCAGCAGCUAGUUCAGCAUUAUUCAGAGAGAGCUGCGGGUCUUUGCUGCCGCUUAGUAGUCCCCUGUCAUAAAGGAAUGCCAAGGCUUACUGAUCUAUCUGUCAAAACCAAAGAUGUCUGGGAAAUUCCACGAGAAUCCCUACAGUUGAUCAAGAGACUGGGAAAUGGGCAGUUUGGGGAAGUAUGGAUGGGUACAUGGAACGGAAAUACUAAAGUGGCAAUAAAGACUCUGAAACCUGGCACAAUGUCCCCAGAAUCCUUCCUAGAGGAAGCUCAGAUCAUGAAGAAGCUAAAGCAUGACAAGCUAGUCCAGCUUUAUGCUGUGGUGUCUGAAGAGCCCAUCUAUAUUGUCACCGAGUACAUGAAUAAAGGGAGUUUGCUAGACUUCUUAAAAGAUGGAGAAGGAAGAGCCUUAAAGUUACCGAAUUUAGUGGACAUGGCAGCACAGGUUGCUGGAGGGAUGGCGUACAUUGAGCGAAUGAAUUAUAUACACAGAGACCUGCGAUCUGCAAAUAUCCUGGUGGGGAAUGGCCUAAUAUGCAAGAUUGCUGACUUUGGAUUAGCAAGAUUGAUUGAAGAUAACGAAUACACAGCGAGACAAGGUGCAAAGUUCCCCAUUAAAUGGACUGCGCCAGAAGCAGCAUUGUAUGGAAGGUUCACAAUAAAAUCAGACGUAUGGUCUUUUGGAAUAUUACUCACAGAGCUUGUAACAAAAGGGAGAGUGCCAUACCCAGGUAUGAAUAACCGUGAAGUCUUGGAACAGGUAGAACGUGGUUAUAGGAUGCCAUGUCCUCAGGACUGUCCCAGCUCCCUGCAUGAGCUUAUGAUCCACUGCUGGAAAAAAGACCCAGAAGAACGUCCAACUUUUGAAUAUUUGCAGGGUUUCCUUGAAGACUACUUUACUGCAACAGAACCCCAGUACCAGCCUGGUGACAACUUGUAAAUUCCUGGUCUACACAGACUGUCAUUAUCAGGUGUCACCCCGCCCCCCCAUUAGCUUCCAACUCAGUGACCGGCUUCGCCAAAGUGCAGCAUCUUCCAGCACCAGAAUGCACAUGAGUCUGAAGUUGAGAACUUCUACAGAACUUGUCCAUGACCACUUGUCCUAAUAAUCUGAAUGUCCUCUAUGACAAGGAGAAAAACAUUUGUUUUUUCUUAAUCAGAGACUCAAACUGCAUUGUAUUGAUGUUACGUAAACUGCAAAACCUCUGUUCAGUGUAAAUAGUAACUUAGUGCCAAUAACUGAUCCUUGUGCUUUCCUUUUUAAAAAAUGCGAAACCUAUGUGAUUUUAACUAGUCUCCUCCCAAUUCAAUUCAAAGUAUUAUUUUCCCAAAGUGGCCUCUUUGUCUAAAACAUUUUUUUUCAUGUUUUAACAAAAAAAAAUCAGGACAGGUGUUUGUUUUUUGCUUUUUUAUAUAUAUAUAUAUAUAUAUAUAUAUAUAUAUAUAUAUAUAUAUAUAUAUAAAAUAUAUAUACAUACCUGUACAUACAGUAUAUGGGUUCUGUUGCAGAGGAAACUCAUUUCAGAUUGAAUGAGCCAGGCUGAUACAGUAGUACCCAGAACAUGAUAAUUUUACUGCAAACAUGUAAACACUGGUGAGAUUCUGAAAGCCAGUGAUCUAAUUUUUGGCAUUUGCCAAGCAUGAAUUUUUUCAAUUGGAUUGCACUUUUUGUUUAUGACUAUGUACCUGUAGAUGGUUGUAACUUUGCUCUUUCAGGAAUCAUGUGCUGUAUUUACAGUAAUGUUUCCAAUCUUUGACAAGCGUGUUAUGAUUUGUUCUUCAAAUUAAAAUGAACAUAUUUAAAUUAAGAAAAACCACACCAUCACCUUUUGAACUGGAAGACUGAAACUGCAAGUUCUUGUAUCAAAACAUGUAUACUGAAAUGUUUCAAAAACUUUUAUUUAAUAAACAUUGUAACCACAUUCAAAUGAUCCUAAAUCCAUAGCAUUUUAGUCAUGUCCACCUACUAAACUGUUUAUCAUGCAACUAGGAUUUUCUGUUUUAUGUGUAACAUUGCCCAUUGUAAAAUAAGUGUGUUAAAUGUCCUGUACUGCUAAUGAAAUUACUUUCUAUAUGUCUGCGAGUUCUCCAGUGGAAUUACUAUGCACUUCUUUACAUUUCAUGGGAGAUGCACAGAACAAAGUAUUACUUUUUCAGCUGUCUAUUUGUACCAGCCUUGAAUGACUUACAUUUAACCAAAAAACAAUUCCUUUCUAUUUCUAUUGAGUUUUUAAUACUGAGUUGCAAAUUUUAAAGUCUUAAUUACAUUUUGUUAUGAUUUAUUUGCAAGUUUACAUUUUAAAACUGUUUAACUUUCUUAAUUUAGUAAUUAAAAGAGAGCAUUUUACCUUUG